CCCGGCUGUGCGAAAAGUGCCUGCGACGGCUGUGACGUCGGCCACAUGGCGAGCAAAGGCCGGGCGCUAGUGCCGAUAACGGCCUAGCGCGGAUCGUGGGCGGUGAUCAAGCUCUCACUGGCAGAAUCUCAGGAAUCAAACACCACCACCGCAGCCUUCGCGCGAGACCCUGUCGCUACGCAUUCAGCCGGCGCAAUGAGUUCGACGUACAAUCUCGAGCCCAAUCCGACCGCGAAAGUCGUCCUCCACACCACCACCGGCGAUCUCGAGCUCGAGCUCUGGGCCAAGCAAACACCAAUCACGACGCGCAACUUCCUGCAGCUAUGUCUCGACGGCUAUUACGAUAACACCAUAUUCCACCGCAUAGUAAAGGGGUUCAUCAUACAAGGUGGCGAUCCGACGGGCACCGGACAGGGCGGCGAGAGCAGCUACGAUGGCGAACCCUUCGCGGACGAGUUCAACAGCCGGCUCAAGUUCAAUCGGCGAGGUCUGCUGGGCAUGGCGAAUACAGGCAAGAAGGACGAUAAUGGCAGCCAGUUCUUCUUCACUCUCGGCAACACACCGGAGCUGACAGGGAAGAACACGCUGUUCGGCAGGAUCGCGGGAGACACCAUCUACAACCUGAUGAAGAUGGCAGAGGCGGAGAUUACAGAGGGGAGCGAGGACAGGCCCAUGUAUCCUACCAGGAUCACAGGCACGGAGAUAAUCAUCAAUCCGUUCGAGGAUAUGGUAAAGAGGGUGCGGGUUGCGGAAAGGACGGAGCCUGAGGCCAGGAAGGUCAAGAAGUCAAAGAGGAAAGCUGCCAAGGCGCUCCUGAGCUUUGGCGGAGACGAAGGUGAAGAGGCAGCGUCUGCGCCUGUUGCGAAGAAGGCGAAGUACAACACCAAGCUCGUCAGUGCGGGGGUCGAGACGCCUUCCGCCCUUAACAACACGCCCAUGCCAAAGGUGCCAGAGGAGGAGAGAGCAAUACCGAUUCGAAGACCGACCCGCAAGUCUCCCUCUAGGUCUCCCUCUCCUAGACCACCACUCAAGUCGGCACCGAAAUCACCGCCUCGGGAGAAACCGAGGCCACCUCCGCCGCGGGAGUUAUCACCAGAGUCGGAGAAGCAGUCCAAGCUCGAUCGCGUCAAUGCGCAAAUUGCGGAGCUCAAAGCGUCUAUGAAGCGAAACACUGCAACUCAACGCGCCGAACCCGUCAAGAAGAAGUCACUUCUGGAGUCUAUGGUGCCUGCGACUACCACCAAGGGUCGCAAGCGGGGCGCGGGUGCAAGUAAUGCAGCUUCUGAACAGUCUGCACUCGAUAUCCUCACCAAGUUCAAGUCCAAGCUGGAAGCGGCGGCGCCCGCAGCGACGACCAAGAUGAAAGAACCGGAAAUUCCCAAAGGCAAUCAGAACGGCAGUCUCGACACCGAUGGAAGCAGACCGGCAGCAGAUGAGGAAGAGGUACCUUGCGAUCUCCACUUCAUAGUCGGGUGCCAGUCGUGCACAGCUUGGGAUAAACAGGACCAGGAAGAGUCCGACGACGACGCGGGAUGGAUGUCUCACGCUCUGAGUUUCGCCAAAGACAGAUUGGGCAAAGAUCUCGAGUGGAAACGGAAGAACGAGGAGGAGCUUGUAGUGAUCGAUCCGCUGGAAGAGGCCAAGAAGCUGAAGGCGGAGCGGCGACCCAAGAGGGAAUGGGAUGACCCAAAAGGGAAGAAGAAGAUGAAGGUAUAGUCCUUGCGGGGUUAGGCAAUCAUUUUGUUCCGUGCGCGAAUGCGCAACGGAAGCUGUGCGCACACACUCGACUGAGGAUUUUGAAUGACUCUUCCCCUGAAGCAUCGUGAAUCACUUUCGGCAUUCUUUGCCAAUCGCGGGAGUCAAAGGCGGGUGCUAAGCAAUAUGAUGUUUGGCAGCACCUGAUUGAUGUAGAAGGUGGCACAAGGGCGCAGUGUGGCUGUGACAAACACGAAGAGG